AUGUGCGUUGAUGAGGCUGCACUGAUGGGCACUGAUAGGCAACACUGAUGGGCACUGAUUUAAAAAAAGGAGUAACAGGUGCAUGCAGGGGCGAUUGACAACUCAUGGGGCCCCCGGGCAAUAGGGGAUCAUGGGGCCACUGUGUCCUUGCCCAAACACAAAAAAGCCUAUGAAAAAAGGUACCAUGGGCAUCUCAUGGGGCCCCCUACUGACUCCGGACCCUUGGGCAGUACUCGAGUUUCCAAAUGGUCAGUCCGCCCCUGGGUGC